UUCUGGGUGAGAAAGUCAAAUAUGCCGAUGUGGCUGUAGGUAGUGCCUUUUGGGGCUCAGACGGCGGAAAGUGAAACAAGUAGAACUUUAAAAAAUAUGGAAGUUUUAAUACUGACCAUCUUGUGGGCCUCUAGUGUCGCCCUAGCGGACAAGGACGAGAGACUGCCGAAUAAAUGUGAAGUGUGUAAGUUCCUAACCGUGGAGCUUCAGGUGGCCCUGGACAAGAGUGGACGAUCCAAGGAGGUUCUGGAACUGGGAGAAGUACUGGAUACAGGGAAACGCAGACGUAAAAUCAAAUACAACACGUCGGAAACACGUCUAACGGAGGCUUUAGAUAACAUAUGUGAAGGAAUUCUGCAGUACAGCAUUCAUGCAGAGAGACCUGGUAGUCUCAGAUAUGCUAAGGGAACAAGUCAGACCAUGGAGACUCUGAAGAACUUGGUGCAUAAAGGGGUGAAAGUGGAUCUUGGCCUUCCCUAUGAGCUGUGGGAUGAACCUUCUGUGGAGGUUGCUGACAUGAAGAAGCAGUGUGAGACCAUGCUGGAGCAGUAUGAGGAGGUUGUGGAGGACUGGUACUUCCACAAUCAAGGGGAAAGACUGGAGAGAUUCCUCUGUGAAAUGCAUGUACUGAAGGACUCAGAGCAGGAGUGUCUGGCAGAGGUGUGGAAGGGAGACAUGGGGCUAAAGGGAUCUGAAGAAAAGGCAGCAAGUGAUGGAGAGAGUGAAGAGAGAACUCAUGAUGCUGGAGAACUAUGAAUGAAGUCUUAACAGACAGACUGACUGACAGGAUUUGAUAAGUUUUUGCGACCCAAAUCCUUCCAGUCUGGUGUUCACAGAAACCCACUCCACUCCCGUCCCUGGGAUUCCUUUAUUCUCCAUCUUCCUGGCUGUAUGAACCUUUCAAAAUACCAGGAACCCAACAGGUACUGAUGCCUGUGUAAUAAGAUAACCGUUGCUAGCCUGGGGGUUCAAACCCUGUGACCAACACUGCGUCCCAUGCAAUUGUCAGCAUGUUGGCAGUAAAUAGACUGCAGUGUUGUGCAUGCAGCAGUUUGCUGGGUUUUGUGCAUUGUGCUGCAUUUAGAGUGAGGGCCAUGGACAACAAUGAAGUACCAGUCACUGCUCCAGAUUGAAAUGUUCCUGCGUUCUAUGCUGUAAUCAUGGUUUGAGCAGGUUGUUGUAAAAUUCCACUUGGCACUACAGUCAGUUUCAAUUUCAUGAUCUUGUACGGAUAUGUUAUAUUAACAUAUAUAAAUAGUAUGGGACUGCUUAGCCUGUUGCAUAGAUAAGAAGUGUUAAUUUCUUCUGAGCUGCAUAUCUGGUGGCCAGGGUUUUCCUGCAACAUAGGGUGAGUUCUGUGCAGCGUUUCAGUACCUCAAGCAAUUUUCUCCUCCGCUAACUAGAACCAUCUGUUAUCUGCUAUCUAGUGCCUUGUGGUCUUCCAGUCAGUCAGUAUUAAUCAGUAUCUUUUGCAAAAACAUACAGUGCAUAUUAGGAAGACCACAGCUGCUAACAUGUUGCAGUCAACACUAUAUUUCAUGCCAGUUCAGACUCACCAGUGUAUGUGUACAAUUACUUUGCUGGCAAAUGUAUUACAGUGUGACUGGAUUUCUCAGCAGGGGAGGAGUCUGUUACAGUAUAUCCACAUUACCUGUUUAGUCCUAUGUUUUUAUUUUUCAGUCUCUAUGUAAUGUGUAAGGAAAUGCUUCACUAGUAUAAAAAGCAAUGCAAUGUAUUGCAAUAUGGUACUGGUCACUACAAUAUUUUCUGUAUCCUAAAAAGUUGGUGUAUUAUUGCGGUAGUAGCAUUUAUUAGUAUCCUUUGUAUCAAGCGUAAUUAGGUAAUUUAGUAUUAAGUGUAACUCGGUAAAUGUAUGUUGCUGUGUAGGUGGUAUUUUCCUAUUCAAGUUCUGCUGAAGUGUAGGAUGUAUGUAUGGAUGUUUGUAAUUAAAAUUGUGAUAACUU